AAAACAUAGAAAAACGUGGUGAGACUAGACUAACAUAAUAUGUGACAUGACAAUAAAAUAACUAAGACAAUGACUAAACAUGAAAUAUGACGUGACAAGCAUGAAACGUGACAAUUACCCAUAUAUUUUGAAAGGUCUGGCCUUGAGUAUGAAAGUUUUCUUUGAGAUUACAGUAAAUUCAUAACUUUACCAUAAUUAUCUGUCAAGAGAAACUUUGAAUUAAUCUUUCAGUACAUGGCCCCAAAGAUUGGUCUAGGCCACAUGUAACGACAGUCACAAAAAACAUCAAUUUAUUUUAUUGCAGAGCCUUCCAUCAUGCAGUGAUGAGCAGAUUCAUUUUUCACACUGGUAACUAUCAUCAGGACAGAUACAAGUACUCCAUACAUGACCCAUGAGGGUGCAGGUCUUACAAUGGCAAAGUUUAUAAUACAACAAAAUUAACAAAAACUAGAAAUAUUAAUUUCCCAUCAUUUCAAGAGCACUGCAAACAGUUCUCAUUUCUGUUUGCCAGCUUUCCACCACAGGACAUUUCACCUGAAAGAGAAUAACUUCGUAAUCUUCUACAACCGCAUCGAGGACAGAAUAAAGUAGUGAUGCAGAACUUGGGUAUAAAACCAUGACUACAAUGGAAUCUUCAAAACAAAGAAAGUAUGACCUUUAUCUGGAACCAGAGUUAAAAAAUACAGGAGUUUUUACUUUCAUUCAAACUAAACCAGAGAAAGUGCACUUGGCAGAGAUUGAAGUGUUUGCUAUAGAAGUGAAACCAUCACACUGGCACACAGAACGUGAAGGAUCUGAUGUGAACAAGAGCUGUGAGGUAUCCCACCUUCCAGAUUCAGCUACACUGGCCUGGGAACGGGACAGAGAACCCACUGCUAACACAACGCUGAUCUACAACAACACUGCCCACAUCAUCAUCCACAGUGUUGACCAACACAGUGAGGGAACCUAUGACUGUACACUCCGACGGAACGGAGCGCUUAUUUUCAGAGUUCCCAAACUUGAACUUAAAGUCACCAAGGGAACAUUUGUAACACACCGCACUCUGUACAGAGGGAGUAUGAACAGCAGUGAGGCGGUGCUAAUCUGCCAUUCUCUGAUCUCAUACACAAACGCCUCCUGGUCUUGGGCGCCAGUGUCUGAGACACAAGCAAUCCUUGUGGCCUCAGCUGGUAAAUGCAAGAAUGCUGCAAUUUCCAUGGAGAUGGAUAAAGAGAGAGUCUCAUCUGAUAUCUAUGAUGGGUCUAAGUUUCCUCUGAAAAUCUCACCAGUGAAGUUUGGAGACAGCGGAAUGUACACCUGCAUUUAUGAAAGAGACAGGAUGGCUGAAAAAAAUCUGGUACCUAUUCAGGGAAAACAGGAAGCAACAGAAGUGUUUAUCCAAAGCCAGUCUCAGCAGAGCCCCCUGGUGGUCUGUCCAGGAAUCAGCCAGUUGUGCUGA